AUGGCUCCUGUCGGUAGUGGUGGCGGCGAUAUCCAGGUAGCAGCUUUGGCACGUCGAAAGGCCCUGGCUGGCACAUCCGGACCCAUGGCCCUGGUCAAAAACGCAAAAGUGUUUGACAUUGCAUGUUUUGCUUGCUUAGGAGUACUGCUAUAUGGUUACAAUCAAGGUGUCUUUUCCGGCGUCCUUACCAUGAACUCGUUGAAGAGGCAUCUACAGACGCUGGAAUGGAGCUCUUCCAAGCAAGAUUGGCUCUUUUCCAUUCUCGAACUCGGCGCUUGGUUCGAGACGAUGUACUCUGGUUUUCUCGCAGAGAUACUGUCGCGGAAAUGGAUCAUUCUAAUUAACGUCAGCAUAUCCAUUGUUGGUGUUGUUGUACAGUGCACAGCUAUCACGGGAAUCGGCCACAGCGCUAUCCUUGGAGGUCGCUUUGUAAUAGGGAUGGGCGUAGGCUCUUUGUCAAUGAUUGUGCCAAUAUAUAAUGCAGAGGUUACUCCACCGGAGGUACGCGGUGCGCUUGUCGGACUUCAGCAAUUGAGUAUCAUGCUUGGAAUCAUGGUCCCUUUCUGGAUCGAUUAUGGCACCGACUACAUUGGCGGAACCGGAGCUGGACAAAAGGAUUCUGCAUGGCUCAUCCCUCUGGCGUUGCAACUGGCUCCCGCUGUCCUGCUUGGUGUUGGCAUGCUCUUCAUGCCCUUCUCGCCGCGCUGGCUGGUCCACCAUAAUCGCGAAAACGAGGCCCGGCGUGUAUUGGCUCAACUACGCGGCCUCUCCCAAGAGGAUGAGCUCAUUGAGCUCGAACACUCCGAGAUCCGUGCUCAGAGUUUGUUUGAGAAGAAGUCACUCGUGGAAAACUUCCCCCACCUUCAGGAUAUGAGUGCGGCGUCAACCUUCAAACUCCAAUUCGUGGCAAUUGGGAAUCUAUUUACGACAAAGGGGAUGUUCAAGCGUGUAAUGAUCUCAGUGCUUACCAUGCUGUUUCAACAAUGGACAGGAAUUAAUGCAAUCUUGUACUGCGCGCCGAUCAUCUUCGAUGAUCUGGGCUUGUCGAGCAACUCGGUUAGUUUAUUGGCUACCAGUGUUGUGGGCAUCAUCAUGUUUCUGGCGAUGAUUCUUAUCAGUGGAGCUAUCGGUAUGGAUGCUUGCCACUUCAUCAUUUCUAGAAUCGUUGCUAGUUUUGAAAAAGACUGGCCUCACCACCAAGGUGCGGGCUGGGCUGUAUGCGCGAUGGUUUGGCUAUUUGUGGUCUUCUUUGGUUACUCAUGGGGCCCUUACUCGUGGAUCGUUAUGGCUAAGAUUUGGCCCCUGGCAAAUCGCCCAUACAGUAUUGCUCUGGGCGCUUCUUCCAAUAGGAUGAAUAACUUCAUGGUUGGUCAAGUCACACCAGAUAUGCUUACCCACCUGCGAUGUGGCACAUAUAUGUUCUUUGAUAUUUCCACUGUCGUAGGCGCCGCUUUCAUCAUCUUCUUUUUCCCCGAGACAAAGGGGUUGUCGCUUAAAAUGGACCAUCUCUCUGGCUCCGUCGGCACUGCACAGCGCGAAAAGGAGCGAUGGAAUAAGGUUUAUCGCGAGGUUGGGCUUGCUGAGCUAUUAGAGCGCUGUGGUCUGGUGGAUCAGACUGUUGGCUCGAGUGCAUCGAUUGGAAAAGAGCAGCCAAGCCACAAUGAUGCGCUUGAGAAGGCUAAGCCAGCAUUUUAUGAGUUAGCAUAG